AUGGAGUUAUAUGGAGUUAUAUGGAGUUAUAUGGAGUUAUAUGGAGUUAUAUGGAGUUAUAUGGAGUUAUAUGGAGUUAUAUGGAGUUAUAUGGAGUUAUAUGGAGUUAUAUGGAGUUAUAUGGAGUUAUAUGGAGUUAUAUGGAGUUAUAUGGAGUUAUAUGGAGUUAUAUGGAGUUAUAUGGAGUUAUAUGGAGUUAUAUGGAGUUAUAUGGAGUUAUAUGGAGUUAUAUGGAGUUAUAUGGAGUUAUAUGGAGUUAUAUGGAGUUAUAUGGAGUUAUAUGGAGUUAUAUGGAGUUAUAUGGAGUUAUAUGGAGUUAUAUGGAGUUAUAUGGAGUUAUAUGGAGUUAUAUGGAGUUAUAUGGAGUUAUAUGGAGUUAUAUGGAGUUAUAUGGAGUUAUAUGGAGUUAUAUGGAGUUAUAUGGAGUUAUAUGGAGUUAUAUGGAGUUAUAUGGAGUUAUAUGGAGUUAUAUAG